AUGUACGCCGAAGACUGUGGCUUCGCCGCAUUCUGCGAUUCUGAGGCUGCCAACGAGGAAUUUGAGUCGAAAACAGAUGCUGCCCUCUUCAAUGCGUGGACUGCUACCGGCUGUGGAGACACGAUCGGAUUCAGAUGGAGACUGCAGAAUUUUGACUGGCCCGACUGUCCUACGCUUGUACAGCGUCGACGCUCUGAGACCGCCAACAAACCCCCAGAACCUGUUCAAAAUGACCCUGAACCCGGACGAGUCAGAUUUGUGGCAAUACCCAACGAGACACAGGAUAUUUAUACAACGUCUGAGCUUGAAGCAAGAUUCGACGUACUGCGACAAAACUUCAUCAGCGUCCGUGAACACCUGUCCAAGAGGCAGCGGACAGGGGCAGACACGCAGACUGAUGGUGGCGCACUUCGCGAUGGCAUCCUAAGGAAAUUUUUUUCUGGUCAUAGAACAACAACGCGACUCUAUACUGGAUUUGACUGUGGUUAUGUUUAUUCACAAGAGGAUUUGACGUGGGCAGUGGACCAAAAGCUUUCGGAAAACAGUAUUGCUCUUAUAGCGAGUCGAUUUUUACGACUUCAUUACUCCUUGUCGUUUCGUCUGUGCUGGAGAAGGGUCAAAGGUAGCGUGAAAUUUGUCUGCCAACCCUCACGCCUGACCGUUGCUGCCCUGACUCCACAUAUCUCCAAUACGAAUCACCACAGAAGGCCGGAAGGAUCGUCACUGACCAGUGCCCCCGUCGGUACCGAUGAUCGUGAAGUCGCCUUCUUCUGUUUCAUGCUUCUCGGGCUCAGCUCUACCUCCUACGGCAGGGGCACGCUGCAGUGA